UAUGGCUUCUCUGUGUCGGUACCGGCUACCUGGUGGGUUCGCGUGAUUUCUAAGUUCUUUGUGGCGGGACACUGCCUCCUUCCGGUUUCGACAUGCAAAAAAUAAAAUCUCUUAUGACCCGACAGGGCCUGAGAAGCCCUCCUGAGAACAUCAGCGAUCUUGGGGCCAUUGAGAAUCUUCGAGUUCCUGGCAAGGAGGAAUUUCGAGAACUUCGAGAACAGCCUAGUGACCCUCAAGCUGACCAAGAGUUAAUUAAUAGCAUUGAGCAGGUGUAUUUUUCUACAGACUCAUUUGAUGUCGUUAAAUAUGAAUUGGAGAAACUUCCUCCUGUUCUCAAUUUACAAGAAUUAGAAGAAUACAGAGACAAAUUAAAACAACAGCAAGCAGCAGUCUCUAAAAAAGUGGCAGAUUUAAUCCUUGAAAAACAGCCUGCUUAUGUAAAGGAACUCGAAAGAGUUACCUCACUACAGACGGGUCUACAGUUAGCUGCUGUGAUUUGCACAAAUGGGAGGAGACAUUUGAAUAUUGCAAAGGAAGGCUUUACUCAAGCUAGUUUAGGCCUUCUUGCAAAUCAAAGGAAACGUCAGUUGUUGAUCGGACUUCUGAAAUCUCUGAGAACUAUCAAAACAUUGCAAAGAACGGAUGUCCGCUUAAGUGAAAUGCUUGAGGAGGAAGACUAUCCAGGAGCUAUUCAGUUGUGCCUGGAAUGUCAGAAAGCUGCAAGCACUUUUAAACAUUACAGUUGUAUAAGUGAACUGAAUUCAAAGCUGCAAGACACUCUAGAACAAAUUGAGGAACAGUUGGAUGUUGCUCUUUCUAAAAUAUGCAAAAAUUUUGACAUUAACCAUUAUACCAAGGUUCAACAAGCUUAUCAACUUCUUGGAAAAACACAGACGGCAAUGGAUCAACUUCAUAUGCACUUUACCCAAGCCAUUCACAAUACCGUGUUUCAAGUUGUUCUUGGUUAUGUGGAGCUUUGCGCAGGAAAUACAGAUACGAAAUUCCAAAAACUGCAAUAUAAAGAUCUCUGUACACAUGUUACCCCAGAUAGCUAUAUUCCAUGCCUUGCUGAUCUGUGCAAAGCUCUGUGGGAAGUUAUGCUCAGUUAUUACAGGACUAUGGAAUGGCAUGAGAAACAUGACAAUGAAGAUACUACUUCUGCUUCUGAAGGGAGUAAUCUGAUGGGUACUGAAGAAACUAAUUUUGACCGUGGCUACAUAAAAAAGAAAUUAGAACAUGGACUUACACGAAUAUGGCAGGAUGUCCAGCUAAAAGUGAAAACCUAUUUACUUGGAACUGAUUUGUCAAUAUUCAAGUAUGAUGAUUUCAUCUUUGUUUUGGAUAUAAUCAGCAGGUUGAUGCAAGUUGGAGAAGAAUUUUGUGGUAGCAAGUCUGAAGUUUUGCAAGAAUCUAUUAGAAAACAAAGUGUCAAUUAUUUUAAGACCUAUCAUAGAACACGGCUUGAUGAAUUGAGAAUGUUCCUCGAGAAUGAGACUUGGGAACUUUGUCCUGUGAAAUCAAAUUUCAGUAUCUUGCAGCUUCAUGAAUUUAAAUUCAUGGAACAGUCUCGUUCUCCAUCAGUUUCACCUAGUAAGCAGUCAGCCUCAUCUUCCUCAAAAACAGUUACAUUGUUUGAGCAAUACUGUAGUGGGGGAAAUCCAUUUGAAAUACAGGCCAACCAUAAAGAUGAAGAAACGGAAGAUGUCCUGGCUUCUAAUGGGUAUGAAUCUGAUGAACAAGAGAAAAGUGCCUAUCAGGAAUACGACAGUGACAGUGAUGUUCCUGAGGAACUGAAACGAGAUUAUGUGGAUGAACAGACAGGAGAUGCUCCUGUGAAAAGUGUUUCCCGAGAAACUCUGAGAAGCAGGAAGAAAUCAGAUUACAGUCUAAAUAAAGUGAAUGCACCCAUCUUAACAAAUACAACACUGAACGUAAUAAGACUUGUUGGUAAAUAUAUGCAGAUGAUGAACAUUCUUAAGCCAAUUGCUUUUGAUGUUAUACAUUUCAUGUCUCAACUGUUUGAUUAUUACUUGUAUGCAAUAUACACCUUUUUUGGUCGGAAUGAUUCGCUGGAAUCAACAGGACUGGGCCUCAGUAGCAGUAGGCUAAGAACAACUCUGAACAGAAUACAAGAAAGCCUUAUUGAUCUGGAACUUUCAGCUGAUCCUACAGCCACACUUACAGCAGCAGAAGAGAGAAAAGAGAAGAUCCCAAGCCCACACCUCAGUCAUCUAGUAGUUUUGACAUCUGGGAAUACAUUGUAUGGGUUGGCAGAAAGAGUUGUAGCUACAGAAUCUUUGGUAUUCUUGGCUGAACAAUUUGAGUUCCUUCAACCGCAUCUGGAUGCUGUGAUGCCUGCAGUCAAAAAGCCCUUCCUUCAGCAGUUUUAUUCUCAGACAGUCUCAACGGCCAGUGAACUUCGCAAACCGAUUUAUUGGAUUGUAGCUGCUAAAGCCAUUGAUUAUGAACAAAUGCUGCUCCUAAUGGCGAAUGUGAAAUGGGAUGUGAAAGAAAUUAUGUCACAGCACAACAUAUAUGUAGAUUCAUUGUUAAAGGAAUUUGAACAGUUUAACAGGAAAUUAAAUGAAGUUUCUAAAAGAGUGAGGAUACCCUUGCCUGUGUCUAACAUACUCUGGGAACAUUGUAUACGACUGGCUAAUAGAACUAUUGUGGAAGGAUAUGCUAACGUCAAGAAAUGUAGUAAUGAAGGUCGUGCCUUGAUGCAAUUGGAUUUUCAACAGUUUUUAAUGAAACUGGAGAAACUUACAGAUAUCAGACCCAUUCCUGAUAAAGAAUUUGUGGAAACCUAUAUUAAAGCCUACUACCUUACAGAGAAUGACAUGGAACGCUGGAUCAAAGAGCACAGGGAAUAUUCAACAAAACAGCUGACAAAUCUGGUAAAUGUUUGCCUGGGAUCCCAUAUUAAUAAGAAAGCAAGACAAAAACUACUAGCAGCUAUAGAUGAUACAGACAGACCCAAAAGAUAAUGAACACAGCAACUUCUUUUCAGUGGCAUUGUUCUCUCCAUUUAAAUGACACAGUAGCUAAAUUUCCAUGCAUUCCUGACAAAUGUUUGUUAAGUUUGUGCAUGUUCUUGCUAACUGGAAAAUGGAAAAUAUUGAAGUUAGUGUGUUGAUCUUAAAUGACUUUUCUAUGCUCAGUUCUCUUCAACUUUUGAUUGCUUUGAUUGUGAUUCUUUCUGAAAUACUUCUUUGUCUUUUAUUGUGAUUACAAUUAUACAUUUUGCAGUCACAUGUAACACAAGUGUAUAAUUAAAAGAAACAAUGGCGAUACAUCUAUGGGCAGUUUUUUUAAAACGGUUUGGUUUUGGCAUUUUUGUACCCUCAUAGCUUGGUUCUCAAUAAGCAAAUCUAAGAGGGUUAUUGUAUUAUACUUUCUAAUUAUGAGCACGGUGUGAGAACUGAAAAGUACAUGUAAGCAAAAUAGUUAAAAAAGUAUGUUCUUUGUGUUUUUAAAUAUCAAUGUUAAUGUUAUAAUUAAAUUGAUUAUAACGAAGUGAUCAUAAAUGAUGAAAUUUAAUAAAUAUUAUGUUCUAACAUUA